CAGGGCGGGCAUGCCCAGCACCCUGCUGCUGGCGCUGCUGGGCGCCCUGCCCCUGCGGGCCGAGGGCGGCAAGAAGCGGAAGGGCGGGGCGGACUAUUACGACAUCCUCGGAGUGAAAGAGAAGGAUGACGCCGCGACCAUCAAGAAGGCCUACCGCGCCAAGUCGUUGCUGUACCACCCCGACAAGUGCGAGGAGGACAAGGAUGCGUGCCAGGCCAAGUUUAUCGAGGUGUCGACGGCUUACGAGGUGCUGACCGACCCGGAGAAGCGGAAGGUGUACGACCGAGACGGCGAGGAGGGCCUCAAGGAUGGUGGCGGCGGCGGCGAGCAGGCCAGGCAGAUGUUCAGGCAGUUCUUCGGGCGGGAGCCCGACGGGGACGUGAAGAUCGUGAAGGACAGGUUCGGCAGGAUGACUUUUCAGGAGAUGGGCGAGCCAGGUCCCAAGGAGGACAUCUUCGGCGACACGAACGUCACGGAGCUCACCGACGACGUCUACAGUAGUUUUGUGAACGAGCGCACCGAGCCGGUGAUCGUUAUGUUUUACAAGGACGCUCGAGUCGGCGAGGCGAAGCCGGAGUACGCGGCUUUCUGCAACACUUUCCAGUCCUUUCUGAUGGUGGCCUCCGUGAACUGCCGCCAGCAGCGCUCGGUCUGCAAGCAGGCCUCCAUCGACAGCUUCCCCGCGAUCCGGUGGUUCCCAGAGGUGUACGACGCCGCCUUUUCCGCCAAAGCUAUUGGCAAGUGGGUUAGCUCGAUGAUGCCAGACUACUCGAAGGUCUUGGAGGACAAGCACGCGCUGCGGCAGUGGCUGGACGACGCGAAAGGCCCCGCCGUGCUGCUCUUCACGGACAAGUCGAGCAGCCCUCCGAUGUGGAAGGCUCUGAGCCGGGAGUUUAAGGGCAAGGUCUCCCUCGCAGUGGUGCUUCGCUGCGACAAAAACGGCGUGUUCAAGACGCCGCUGCAGAGGGAGUACGACGUCCGGGUCCCGAGCAUCGUGAGGCUAGACCCGCUGGACGAUGUGGGGAAGAUAGCCGAGAAGUUUGACCACCAGCUAAAGCAGGAGGUCUUGAAGAUCUGGCUUCUCAAAGUGUUGUCGCAGGGGAGGAAGGCAGGCCCAGUCGCCACCUUCAAGGAGUGGUCCAGGCAGCGCUACGAGGAGAGCCGGAGAACGCUGCCGGUGGGGGACGUGGCGCCACAUCUCGUCGCUCUGUUGGCGCUGAUCCACGUGCAGGUGACGGAGGGAGAGGACUCAGACAUGGCAAAUGACGGUGGCAGCGCCACUACGGACAUUGACUCCUUUCUGGCCGUUCUCAAGAAGGAGCUACAGGAACCUUUCGACGGCAGAUUCGCCAAUGGUGUUGCGUGCGUGGGCGGCGCGCCGCUGGUGCAGAUCCAGCCUGGUCUUGAUCGUGGCUCCCCGUCGGAGCCCCUCUGGAACUACUCGCGCGUGCAGCAACUCAGGGUGGACAAGGAAGCACCAUCCAUGCGUCAAAAGGACAUGAACGAGUUGAUUCAGAUAGUGACGGAUCAGGCGGCUGUCUGGGUGAGUGAGGAGUUGGAGCAUGACUGCACCAACGGGGGUGGACAAGACGCAGUUUCCAUUGCGUAUAAUAUUGACUAUGGUAAUCCGCGGCAGCAGGUGGAAGCUACAGCGUCGAAUAUUCAAGCUAAGGCGGCAGCAGCGUCGGAGAAUCCGCAUUGCACGACCGUGCUGGUCAUAGGUGAUAUUAGCUAUCAGGGGGCGGCCUCGAUGAAUCUUCAUGCCCCUGAGAUCGACAAAGGAUUGGUACUUCUGUCCCGACGGCGCGAGCGCGGCGAUAUGCGAGCGUCGGCGCUGGGCAACCCCGCUGAAGUGGAUCCAGAAGUCCCUGCGCGCGUCAUUUCGCAGGAUCAACGACUUACUCAGCUGGGUCGUAUCAUGGUCAGUACUCUUGGGUGGAUCUUCUUGCAGCGGUCGACCAGCGCGACGUUGCCGUUUCUCCUUGAGCAGCCGCGCGGACAUGGCGUCUCUGACCAUGCGCCAGCGCAGGCCCUCUUCGCGCGCUUGUGCCAGAAGGCGGCGGGGGAUCUUUUGUUAGGCCUCAGAGCGCAAGCAUUUCUUCGACCUUCUCCUGAAACGUUCGUCCAUCCUGGGGCCGAAUGCGAGAUGUUCAACACUGAUCGUGAGAUGGUAUGA